AUGUUCACAAAAUUAUUCAUUUCACUUCUAUAUUGCCACAUAGUUUCAUCACAAAUAAAUGGCGAAUUCUGGUGGUUGAAUGAAAAGGUGGCCCAAUUGCAUAAUUUAGCGCCACCGCAACCAAAGAUAGAAGAUAUUAGUGAAUUCGAAACGGAUGAGAGCGUUAAAGUUGUUUUUCGAGAUCAUUUAGAUCAUUUCGAUACAGCCAAAGAAAAGAAUGACACUAAUAUGAAAGGCAGUGAGAAUGACAACUCAUCCUCUAUUUAUUUCAAAGAUAUAUCUGCCUUGGGAAUUCCAAAUCAUGAAGACAGUUUGAAUAAGGAUAAACUAAUCAACACGGAAAGUGAGAGUCCACAAAAUGUUAGUUCUUUGGUAUCAUUUACUAGUUCAGCAGCUAGUAGUACUACGCCAAUAAGUGAAGAUGUCUUAAACUUCGUGUUUCCGGAUGAUAAUGAUGUAGUAGAAAAUAAAAAUAGGAAUAAAACCCAUGAAGUAAAAUUUCAAGAAAGUGUCAGUGACGCUAUAAAUAUACCGAAGUCCAUUCUAACCAGAGCUGUGAAUAAAAUACAGGAUAGUGAAAGUAUUUGUACAUUUAUUAAAGCAAUAAACUGUAGAAACAGUCAUGGUAUUCCAUAUUCUUUCAAUGGUCGGCCACUUUCAGGUCAAAAUAUGCAUAACGAUUUAAUAGUUUGUUGUAUAAUGCCUUUAAAAACAUACGAUAAAUCAGAAAUAUAUUUCCCUGAUACCGCGAAGCAUCACAGGCGAUUUCGGAGAUCUGAUAACAACGAACGUGAAAACCCGGCUAUGAGGCAAAGAAAUGCUCUAUUGAAGCGUAAAUAUCAGUUACAAUCUUCAGAAUCAAAAAUGUCGACAACUACAUCCCCAGCGAUAAUAACACAGCGAAUAGUUACUCCAGAAGAUAAUUUUGAUCCGUAUUGGAAUGUAAAGAAUUCAAAAUUCAGAAAACCUUCAUCUCCAGAAAGCAUCAGUGCCCAAAACAGUGACUCAAACUUUGAUUAUAGUAACCAAGAGUACGCAGAUGAAAUACCACAACCAGGUGGGUUGCUAGGCUCUGAUCAUAAUAAGGGAUGGACACUUAUCAAACCUACUGGUGGAUAUUUUUUUAGUGGCUCAGAUGAAGUUAGUGACGAAGGCGAAGAUUCUUUCGGCUAUUCUACAAUAGAUCCAAGACUUGGACGUCCAAUGGCGAUAUCUGAAAGUAGACUCAAACCGUACAAAAUUACUCCUACCGGAGAGGAUUCUGGGGGCAGUGUCGUCAGUUUCAGAUCAAAGCCAGACUUUCAAGUUUUACAUGGUUUCAAAUUACUUAACUUAGUACCGACUAAAAAUAGAUUUGUACGCAAAACGACUCAGAGUGAAUUUCACAACGAUAAGUCGAUGGAAAUAAAGCCAUAUAAAGCUGCACCGAGUUUAAUGGUAGACUAUGAGGAGUAUGUUGACUUAGAUGAACAAGUUUAUAGGAACUGUGGAAAAAGUUCGAACAAUGUUUAUGAUACCGAAAAAGAGCUGGAUAUAGUCGGUAAAGGUUCAACUCCUUGGGUGGCCUUGAUCGUGUUAACAAGGAGCCGCCAAAGCAUCCUUUGCUAUGCAACUUUGGUACACCCCCGCGCUGCCAUCACAGCUGCCGAUUGUGUACAUGGAACAUCAGCAGGAGAAAUAAGUAUAAUAGCUGGUAUAUUUGACCUGGCUGACGAAAAUUCUCCAUCUCAACAUCGCGUAACGAAUGUAAUAACUCACCCGCAGUACAAACCUGGCCAACUAAAUCAUAAUUUAGCUGUUUUACAUUGGACUCGAUCGUUGAUCUUGGGAAGUCUCGUACAACCCGCUUGCAUGUCAGAUCCUUACCUCGGUGAUGAGUGCUACUUUGUGGGUUGGGGCGGCUACGACGAAGCCAUUCGACAAAGGCCGCGUUGGCAGCGAGCGUCAAUUCUAUCACCGAAAGUGUGUAACGUGCGCCUGAACAAACUUGACGUGAAGCUACCGACCGACGCCUUUUGUGCCUCUGUGAAGACACCGGGAUCUGUGACCGGCGUAGGAGGUCCUCUAUUGUGUGCGAGCGGUGACCGUCAGUCCGUAGUCGGAGUGGCCGUCUGGAGAGACGGGCUCAUCCUCACGGCACCAGUCCUGGAAUGGGCGGCUGGAGUAGUUCGAGAUAUGCUGAACUAA